AUGUGCGGCGACCAUCCUUCGUUCACGAAGACCGAAUUAAACGUGAAAGAAGUAAAGUCGGAAGACAAGGACAAACCAAGAGAAGGAGCGCCCAUUGCUUACGCCAGAAUAUCACCCACGUCGUCGCGAUCUGAGCAUGAGACGCGUGCCCUGCAGACUCGGCGGCCAGUACUGGCACGCUCACUAGAAGCAGUCCGCACCGACGCACCUAACGAUCGAGCACUAUUACAAGCGGCGAUGGGCAGUUUUAGAUGGCCCCCGUACUUGUUGUGCGUGUGGGUGUUGGUGCUGGUGCUGACACACGUGCUGCACUGCGUCGCCGCAGUGCUGGAGCGUGCGCUGCCCCCACUUAAGAAACUGUGCCAAUAUUUCCGAAACUGGACAGAGGAGUCGUGGAGAGCCGAAACCGAUAUGAACCAACGCGUAUAUCCCAUAAUAUUCGCUUGCGUGACUGGCUCGUUGUACGCGUUGUACGGAGUACUGUACGCCGUGUACGCCGCCGCGCUGUGGGCCAUAGAACCCCUCUGUCCCGAUGAUGCAACUCUACAAGACGUACUCAACGUCACCAAUUAUACCGACGACCCGAGCAAUACUGACGCUAGCCUCAAACGUUGACUGCUACUUUGAUAACCUUAUACGGGUGUUUUUGAAUAUAUUUGUAUAUCUUUAUAUAAUAAAUUUAUUUUGAAUCAUUAAAUAGUUUAAAUGUUUGUAGAAAAGGAAUCGACGCACCGCUUUUCCACCCCGGUGAUUCACUGAGAAACUUCAUAACCUGAUUUGUGAUUGAUAUGAACUGUAUGUUAAAUGGUUGCUCAUUAUUAAAUUAAAAGAAAGAUAUAGCUAAUGUUACCCAAGUAACGGAAAUGGUUCGGAAUCGUUAUGGUAAUCUGGAUCAUCACAGACUGAAAAAAGGCAUUUUCGAAAUUUAUUUCCAAGCUUAAUUAUUCGUUCAAUUCUUUUUAUAUUUUUAUUCUUUAUAGAUCUACGAGACCUGCAAUUUUUAUACAUUUUUUAUUUUAUUUUUUUAUUUAUUACAUUUAUUACAAGCAUUAACACUCAUAUACACAAAUCAAAAUUUAGUUUAUACAAAUAAAUAAAAUUGAAAAUUAAAACAUGCAAUAAAUUUUAAAAUCAAAAAUAUAAACAAAUAAUAAUAAUAAUAAUAAGUGAAUUCAUUACAAUUAUCUAAAAUACAUUAAAUCAUCGUCAUAUCUAAAUGCCGCGAAGAUUAAUUAAAGAUCAUAUUAAAAAAAUUAAAAAUCAAAUUAAAAACAACAUAAAUAAAACAUUAAAUUAAUACAUUCUAUAGAAUCGCUCAUAAAUCACAUAUAAUCA